AUGUUUUUCCAUGCCUACACUAAUUACAUGAAUUAUGCGUAUCCUGCUGAUGAGCUUAUGCCGCUUUCUUGCAAAGGACGGUAUCGUGGUGUAGAACCUCCCAGAGGGACAGUCGAUGAGGCUUUGGGAAAUUUUUCUUUAUCCUUAAUAGACAGUCUAGAUACACUUUUUGUUAUGAGUGAAUUUGAUGAAUUUGAGAAGGCCGUUAGGCUUGUUAUUCGGGACGUUUCUUUUGAUCAGAAUCAUGAUGUGUCUGUUUUCGAAACUAACAUUCGAGUUGUAGGAGGGUUACUAGGUGGACACGUCGCUGCUUUGGCUCUGAGGUCAAAUAAUUCAAAUCGUAUGCAGUGGUAUAAUGACGAGCUUCUGGACAUGGCUGUAGAGUUAGCAAAUCGUCUUCUUCCAGCUUUUAAUACUUCUACUGGUCUUCCGUUUCCUCACAUCAACCUGCAUACGCGAAAACCAGAACCGAUUAUUCACACAUGCACAGCCUGCGCGGGAACACUCAUUUUAGAAUUUGCUGCCCUCAGCCGGUUUUCUGGUGACCCAAUCUACGAGAAACUUGCCGACACAGCUCUCUCCUACAUAUGGCGUCAGCGUAAUCGCUUCUCCAAUCUUGUCGGAACUGUGAUCAAUAUUUUCAGUGGUGAAUGGAUUAAAAAAGAAUCGGGAGUGGGAGCUGGAAUUGACUCGUACUAUGAAAGCCUUCUCAAGGCCUAUGAAUUGUUGGGUGAUCCGCAGUAUUUGCAUCGAUUCAAAACUCACUACACGGCUGUGGAAAGGUACUUGGGUUCACCGAGCACUAAGACAUUCCCCUUUUCAUUCCUCUCGGUGUUCAUGCAUAAACCGUCUGAACGGUCUCGCAUGUUCAUGGACUCACUGCAAGCCUUUUGGCCUGGCUUGCAAGCAAUCGCCGGAGAUGUCGAUGCUGCUGUAGCUCAUCACGAGAUGCUCUACAUGGUGCAUAAGAAAAACGGCCUCCUGCCAGAAGCCUUCACCACUGACUUGGACGUCUACUGGCCACAUCACCUCAUUCGACCCGAAUUGGUGGAGUCCACAUACCAUCUCUACAAAAACACCCAUGACCCCUACUACCUGGAAGUAGGCGCCGAACUACUGGAGAGUAUCGAGAAGUAUGCGCGUGUACCAUGUGGUUUUGCAGCUAUUGAAGAUAUACGAGUAAUGAAGCAUUCCGAUCGUAUGGAUUCUUUCGUCCUGGCGGAGACUUUCAAGUACUUCUACCUCCUCUUCUCCGAUCCCAAGGAGCUUCCAAUUAAUGUUGAUGAAUAUGUAUUCACCACGGAGGCUCACAUUCUCCCCAUUGGUCUUCCACGCACCAAUCCUCCGGUUCUCAAUCUAAACGCUAAAUCUUCUGCCGAUGAGCUUUCAAUAUCCUCCAACGGUUCGUGCCCUGCUGUGGAUAAAAAUGCCUCUCAAACAACUACUCUUCUACGCUUAUUGAUACCCCAGUUGCGAUAUUCUACCUGUUCCACUAUCAAGCACUAUGACCAUCUAGAGGAGAUCAGGCAACCAUUGCGCAAUAAGCUGAGAGCAAUGAAGGAAUUAAAAGUAGAAAUGACAGAUAUGCCAUCGGAACACAUUGCGGUUCCUCUAACUGCUACCACUUUGAACAUUAAUGAUGUGACGCAUCUGCAAAUGCUCCGACACAUGGGUAUUGCGGUUACGGUUGGUGCCAGUGGCGAAAUUCAGCUGAAAUUCAAUCGAACAGAGGUAGGCGGGUCCUCUUACUCUCGGUUAAAUCUAAUAUGGCUUUUAAAUAACUUAAUUGUGCUGUUUGAAUUUUUGUGUUUUGGACGCCAUUGA